AUUUACCAAAAUAUUUUCUAGCAGAGAGCUGAACAGAACAGAGUCUGCGCAGACUUUGUCAUGAUGCGUAUUGAUCGGGAAGGGGUCCGGAGUCUGUGAGAGCGAACAGCGGGCUUUAGAUUAACCGGACUUAGUAAAACAGUAAUUGGAUCCAUCCGCCUCGAAAAGAUGUCCUCCCAAGUCAGGCUGAGGCUGCUGCCGAGCACCAGGUGUCUGUUUGAUGAGCCCGUUCAGCUGAAAGUGGCCGGGCUGCGGUCAAGGCAGGUGGUCACUAUCAGAGCCACAUCGACCGACGAGAGAGAAGUGGUGUUCGGCUCUUCAGCCACUUACAGGGCAGAUGAUGGCGGAGAGGUCGACCUGAACAGAGACCCCUCACUCAACGGGAGCUACGUUGGAGUGCAGCCCAUGGGUCUGCUGCAGUCACUGAAGGCAGACACUUUACACAAGUACUUCUUCAAGAACAAAGCUCUGAACCCUCACGUGGUGAAGUUUUCUGUGCACGAACAGGAGGGGGACGGCAGGAUGCUGGCAGAAGAGACAAACGAGAGGUUUCUGAUGGGAGACGGGGUCAGUCGGGACCCAAUCAAAGAGGGGAACAUACGAGGAGUCUUGUUUACACCCCCAGGAGAAGGUCCGUUCCCUGCUGUGCUGGAUCUGGGCACCUUCAUGUCUGAGAAAAGAGCCUGUUUGCUGGCCAACAAAGGGUUUCUGGUCCUCAGUACAGCUGUGUUCAAUGACAGACAAAAUAUGAAAGAGAUACAUCUGGACCCCUUUAAAGAAGCUGUGGAUUUCUUACGCCACCACCCCAAGGCGGGCAGUAAAGGAGUCGGCGUAAUAUCAAGAUCAAAGGGAACGGAUAUCGCGCUCUCUCUUGCUGCGUUCGUGCCUGGUGUCCAGGCCGUAGUUUGGAUCAAUGGCACCAGUGCCAGUGUGGGCACUCCCCUCUACUACAAGAAACAGCAGAUCCUCUCACCCUUAAUGUUUGACUUCAGCAAGGUGAUUACCACCAAGUCUGGAGCAAACCUUAUCAAGUAUGCUAUUGAAGAUCCCUUGGAAGAGAAGAACAAAGGAAGCCUCGUCCCCAUUGAACGAGCCAAGAGCCAGUUCCUCUUUGUGGCUGCAGAGGACGACCUCAACUGGGACAGCAAGGCCUACAUGGACGAGAUGGUGGAGAGACUGACGCGUCAUGGGAAGGAGAACUUUGAGACUGUUUUUUAUCCUGGAGCUGGACAUUUGCUGGAGCCACCCUAUGGACCCUUCUGCUCCUCUGCUUUACAUGGGAUGCUUAGCUUCUCAGUGGUGUGGGGAGGGGAGCCCAGGGCCCACGCAGCAGCAGAGAACCUGUGGAAGAAGAUCCAGGAGUUCUUAAGAACUCACCUGAGUUGUGAUGAUGCACAGACUAAAGCCAAUUUAUAAACAGGAUUAGAAAGGAAAAAAAACAAAACAACAACAACUAUUCAAUAUAUUAUUUUAUUUGCUUGUGAAUAUUUUCCGUUCCUGUCUUUGAAUGCAUUUCAUGUUUGAUUUUAAUAUCAGAAUACUUUAAUAAUACCUAAGGAAAUUAAAUGGGUUACAGUUACUCCAGGACAACAGUAACUUCUUCUUCACCUCAUCCAGCUCUUCUGACUGCUGCUGAGCUCCAAAGCCUUUUACCUGUUUGGAAUUUGUGUUGACUGAAUACAUAAAUACAUAAAUCAAGUUUAAUACAACGGCAGCUAUCUUUGAAAGAAAGAAUGGAAAUAAAUGACAUUUGUGUUCAGCCUGUGAGUGACCAUCCUACAGCUAUCUGGGUAAGGUCACUACCAGAAAACAGCAAGGAAGGAGACCAAAGACACCACCUGGGAGAUAUCGCUACAGAAUACAUGUUACAAUACAAAUGCGAACACACACACAGGAACAAAAGGUUAAACCAUACAAGACCAACUCCAAGUUAAAGAACUGCAUUAUUAUAGCACAUUUCUAAAAAAAUAUUUCACUACCACAGUAAUACAAUGAUGAAAAUGGCAGCACAGAAAACUAGCACAUUACUCAUCAAUGCUGCUCUUUUUUAUGAUACAUAAAAAUGUUUUUUUUAAAUAAUGAUGUAUUGAAAAACAAGACAAAAUAAGUGUAAAAACCUGUUUCUUGUAGUUGUGAAAGUAUUCGCACCACUAUCAACUACAGCAGACUCCAAAUGUGUGUUUGUCAUCCUUUAAUAGCAUGUAACUGUAACGACAGAUUAACUGCUAACAGACGUUAUCUAUUUGUUAAACUCAAAAAUUAAACAUUAUGAUUUAAUUUAUGACUGUUUUAUACAUUGACUGUUUUCUACAGUCAAUGGUUUUAUAGGUUCACCUAAUUUGUUUAUCAAUCUGAUCACGCUUUUCUGCUUUGGGGCGGGACGAGUAGUAAAGGUUCGCGUGAACCUGUGGGAGCUGACACAGAAGCUAAGUCCUAAGCAUUGUGGGAUCUGUUGUGGAUUACAUAAGCCGAUGGACUCUGUGAACAGAGAGGGGGAGAGAGAAGUUUCUGCCCAGACGGAGCUGCUGUUUUCUCAGUCCUGAUUCUCUUCACUGCUGAGAGCUAACUGUUUAGCUGCAACUGCUAACUGCCCAUUUCUGACUACCCCUACUAACAAACUCAUUGGACUCGUGAGUACUAACUGAACUAAAGUGCACGUGCUUAAACUCAAACUGAGCAGUUUUAGACCUCACUACACCCGAACUUAAAAACAGGUCUGCAACAAA